GAUCUGUUAAUUUUCAAGUGUUUCUCAAGGUAAGGUAUCACUUAAAAUACAAAGCAGAGUUUGUAAGUGAGAGAAAUAAUAAUAAAAACAAAAAAAGCAAAGGGUGUUUAUUAUUUUUAAAUUAAAUAUGUUGACAGAACUGCAAUGGUGCUGAUGCGAUUGAGGGGAAAGUCAUAACAGUAGGCAAGAGAAACGAGGGAAGUUGUUGGUGCGAAUAGCUGUUGGAAAAGCCUCAUCUUCACUUUCCAAUAUGUCUGUUUCACGGAAGAGCGGUAUGUGUUCUCAGCUCAUUUAGACAGGCGAAAACAUUACCGCUCACUUUGUUGAUUUAUUAUUUUUUUUACAUAGACACAUUUUUAAAAAAAAGCUACUGAGGACGAUCAACAUUCAUUAAACCCUCUUGCUUAUUUUUGUAAGAUUUGAGUGGAUUUUACUACUAGCAGCAGAGUAAUUAUGAUUUGGACUAGCGAACCUAACACACCAACAAACAGCAUCUUUACAUGAUGUGCAAUGGGAGAAAUACAGGUGCAGUCAUAUAAAAUUUACAUUUCAAGAAAUAUCUUUGAAGAUUUUCAAUGAAGAUGAUGGAUGGAGCUGAAUCUGUGCGGUCAGGUAAAAGCGACCGCUCGGAGCGGUCACAUCGAAGCCAUGGUAGCAUGCAUCACCGCCACCACCAACGCCAACCAAGUAACCGUCCGCACCGCAGCCAAAGCCGAGACAAGGUGCGUGGGGGUGAUGAACAUAUUGACGAUCGUGCUGUACAGCAUAGGGACCAUCAUAUCGUGUCGGGUGAAGACGAAUGUGAGGAACGUAUCGAAGUUCAAAUACUUCCCCAAGAUGAUAACUGGGGAGACAACACAACAGCUAUCACAGGAAAUACUAGUGAAACUGCAUUUUCAAUGGAAGAUAUGCACAAAUUUUCUAAAGAUCUUGAUGACAGCAUUGGCUUCGACUGUACUCGUUAUGUUGGCACAGCUCUUGCUACUUUUCUAAGCUUGUUUGGAUUUGCUUCACCUAUCAUUAUGGUCAUUCUACCCAAACUCGGGAUAAUGACCUGGGAUGCAGGACCUUGCAAACCUGAAUGUGAAGGCCUUCUGAUCAGUUUUACCUUUAAACUCAUCAUUUUACUCAUGGGAACUAUGGCCCUUUUCUUUCGCCAUCCAAAAGCCACCAUGCCGCGUGUUUAUGUAUUUCGUGCCGUUGUACUCUUUCUUGUGUUUGUGCUUACAUUUGCUUUCUGGCUCUUCUACGGAGUACGCAUCUUCAAAAGGAAAGACGCGAAAACAGAAUAUUAUAACAUUGUCCAGUUCUCUGUCUCCCUUGUAGAUGCUCUCCUUUUCAUUCAUUACUUAUCAAUUAUUGUGCUUGAAAUUCGCCAAUUACAACCACAGUAUGUAGUCAAGGUUGUGAGAUCACCUGAUGGAUUGAGUCAAAAUUACAACAUUGGAAUCUUAAGCAUUCAAAGAGCAGCUGUCUCAGUUUUGGAAAAUUAUUACAAAGAUUUUCCUGUGUUUAACCCAUACUUGGAAAAUGUCCAUAAGCGGUCCUCAAAAGUAACUAGUCUCAAAAUUUAUGAUGUCGAUGGUGUUAAUACUUCUGGACCACAAGGUCGUCAACGGGCUGUAUUUGCUCCUAAUAGUAGGAGGCGAGAUACUAGUCACAAUGAACGCUUUUAUGAGGAACAAGAGUAUGAGCGCCGUGUUCGUAAGAGAAAAGCAAGACUUAUCAUGUCCGCUGAUGAAGCCUUCACUCACAUCAAAAGAAUGCAAGAUGAACAAGGCCCUGCAAUUCCCAUGGACCCUUAUGAAGCAGCUCAGGCUGUUUUCCCAUCAAUGGCUCGUGCUUUACAAAAAUAUCUCCGCGUCACACGUCAACAGCCACGUUACACUAUGGAAGCUGUAUUACAACAUUUAGCUACAUGUAUCAGCCAUGAUGUCAGUCCAAAAGCCUUUGUGGAGAAGUACCUCACUCAAGGGGCAGUGAUCAUGAACGAGAAGGAUUAUAAGGGGCUUGAGAAGUGGGUCCUUGUUUGUGAUCAUUUGUUGACUAGAGAAAUAGAACAUGGGAUUGUGUUUCAACUUCGGCAAGGAGAGCUCUCAUUACUUUGUUCGGUUCAUAAGUUGCCACAUUUUAGUUUGACUGAAGAAGUCAUUGAUCCAAAACAUAACAAAUUUGUAUUACGUCUUAAUUCUGAGACAUCCGUUUAAAUGUUAAAGAACUAAAAAAACACACAUACAAAAAAGAAAAAAAACUAAACCUGACAAUUGUGUUGUCUUUGACUACUGCUAUUAAUUACUAAAUAUCUGGGGUUUAAGCCACAUUUCUUAGAUUACUUUGCUAUCAUGGUAUUAUUCCUUCAAGGAAAAGAAACCAUCUCCUCCCCCCACCACACACACACACCUAUUUCAAAUUAAGAAAAAGUAUAAUUUCUCCAUUUACAAAUUAAGCUAAACAUCAUAUGAUUCAUUUCUGAUUUAUUUUGUUUUAUAUUCAUUUAUCUCACAUUUUCAAUAAUUGGUUUUGUUAUUGAUGUAUCUAUGCUGUGUACAUAGAUAUUGUUCAUGCAUUCGUAUUCAGGUCUCUAAUUCUGCCAACAUUACACUCUAAUCGUUUGGCACUGUAAUUACAAUGUUGUAUGUCAGAAACUUGAAAUACAAUACUAGUGAUUUAACCAUUGUUCUUCCAACAUGUUUUAGUAUAUAUUCUUUUGUCCAUGUCUGUCUGUCUGUGUGUGUGUUUGGUUUUAAAAUGACGAAGUGAGGGUUUAUAUUUAGUAGUGUAUCUCAAUUUCUCAAACUUCUCAUAUGAUGUGUGUGUGUAUGUAUAUAUAUAUAUAUAUAUAUAUAUAUAUAUAUAUAUAUAUAUAUAUAUAUAUAUAUAUAUAUAUAUAUAUAUAUAUAUAUAUAUAUAUAUAUGUGUGUGUGUGUGUGUGUGUAUAUGUGGAUACAUAAAACAUAAAUUUUCUGAUGCUGCUCCCUUUAUAAUUUCUCUUAUUGUACCUUGAAAGGUGUGUAAAUAGUAUCCAACAUUUCACUUGUAUUUGCCAUUCUGUGCUAUGUGCUCCCUAUGUAUGUGUGUGUGUUGGUGUGUGUAUACACUUCUUAUAUACUGAAUACUUUUUCUUCUCAUUGUAAUUUGACAAAUUUAUAUCUGUGUGUAUGUGUGUGUGUGUACUUAGGUAUGCUUGUGUAUAGAUGUUAUGCAAAUAUGUUACAUAAAAUGUGGACAGUGAACUUAUUUCUAAUAAAUUCCUAGUCUAGUUGUCUGCUGUUGUUUUUGUUUUUAUUUCUAACUUUGAUAGUCAUCUACAACCUUUGUAUUUAUUUCUUUACAUUUGCUUUUUGUUUCCUUAAUUCUACAUUAGAAUGUAGAGCCAUUUGCUGAGGUUACUAAGGAACACAUAAAAACUACGUAUAUAUAUAUAAGUAUAAACAGGCUGUAUGGCCUCAAGCUCACAAAGGAUGAUUAUCAGAUAAAGGAAAAAAGGAAAAAAACAAAACUCUGAAUGAAGGGCAGAUAACUACACUAGUAUUAGAAAUAUAAAAAUACUGUCCACAUAAGAUAUAUGCUCAUGGGACUGAUUCCAGUUUGAUUGUAUUCAUUGUGAGUCCUAAUAACAUAGGAGUUUUUACUUUGGGAUAUGGGCUUCACCUCACACCUCCUGACCCUAUACAUAUCUGUAUGAAUUAAAAUAAUCAUAAUCAAUUGUAACAAACUGUUACAUAAAUUUUUUUAAGAUAUAGUUACUGUUUAUUUUGAUUAUCAUUAACCCUUCAGGCCAAUUUCUGUUUAUAUCAAUUCAUAUCUGAAACAUGGUGAAACUUGAACAAGCGGUAAUUCUACAAUUAUGGAUGGAUGCAAGUAUUAAUUACUCAACAAUGUAAAGUUCACUGAUGGCUACACAUUUCUCCGCUAUCGUUUUGCUUUACUAUACAGAACUAAUAGAGUACUGAGUUGACAACCCAGUAGCUGAAGUUGCCAUUGAACCACUGCCGUACUCUGUGUGUGUGUUUCUUAAGUAGGAGGUGUGUGAGACACGAAUGGUGUUUUGUAUAAUUCCCAUUAUAUCACUUUACUGGGUGUUUUAUUAAUCAUAAUGCCUGUGUGUGUGUAUGUAUGGAUGUAUAUAUAUAUAUAUAUAUAGAGAGAGAGAAGAAAAGUAUAUCUAUGUUUGAAUGUAUAUAUUUAUAUGUAUGGGAAUAUAUGUAUGUGUUGUGCAUGUAUAUAAAUGCAUACUUGUGUGUAUGUAUGCAUAAUUAUCUAUGUAUGUGUGUUUAUAUAUAUGUGUAUGUGUGUGCAUGUAUAUAUAUAUGUGUGUAUAUAUAUAUGUAUGUAUAUAUAUGUGGACACUAGUUCACGUCAUUGUGUUUUUGUCUCCUUUGUUGAGAUAGAUUUUCAUUUAAUGUUUAUGUAAAUACCCUAGCAUAUUAAAACAUACAUUUAUACUUACCCACACACACAAACAUUUUUUUCUUGUAUCCAAACCACCGAUUCAUUCAUAUGUAACAACAGAAGUUACAACCUGUGAAUAAUUAAUUGCCAUUGAUAAUAAAUACCAAAAAUUAUGAAGUAAAGUUAAUAACAUUUAAAAAACCAAUAACAAUGAUUUUCAUUUUAGCAUUUUGGUUUGGUUUGCCCAAUUUCUUUUCUGUUUUUUCUUUCUUUCUGUUAACUGUGUGAAUUGUCCUUGUUACAAAUCUUCAGUUAUAUAGGAGUUCAUUGUUAUUUCGAUAACAAAUGCAACUUGCAGCAAAAUUGAAGUCCAUACAACUUUGCGAUCAGAUAUAAAUGCAGCAAGUUUAUAGUUUUCCCACCUUUAAUAACAACUGGUGCUAAUUAUAAAGCCAAAUUAAGUAAUAAUUUAAACUCAACAUCAUUUCUUCAGAUGAACAUGCAAGUACACAGAUGCCCCAUAUACUUAAAUUAUUCAAUGUUUUUUAUUUUUUGUAAUGUUUUUGGAAUUCUAUUAUUAUUUUUUUUAAACAUGUACAAAUUUUAUAAUUUUCUUUUCCUUUUUACUUGAAUUCUUAACUGUGUAUUCAUAAAAAUAUAUGAAAAAAAAUUCUCUAUUAUUGAUUUAUAUUUUAUUGAAAAGGGAAUUAUUUUUAGAUAGAUAUUUUGCAUAUAAUUCUUGGAUAAUAUAAAAUUCUUUAUUUCCUAUUCUGUAUAAAUUAGUUCCAAGUCUUGGUGUGUAUUGUCAAAUCAAAUGUUAAUACUUUGUAUCUCAAAUAGUGUUGUGAAAGUUUUAGGGUAUUGUCUAAAGUUACAACCAAUCUCUCUCUCUAGUCUGCUAUAGAGUUCUUUCUCACAAAAAGUGUUAAGGAAGAGUGGUGAUGGGUAUUCAAAGCUCAACUGGCUGAUGGAAUUUAAAUUUUUUUUUUUUUAUCUUGAGCUGAUAUUCUUUAUUCUUUUAAUGUCUUAGUAAUCCACAUCUUGUCGGUUUUUUUUUUUACUAUAUUUGGCAUAUGUUCAAUUAUUCUCUUGUAAAUGUAUGAAAGUGUAUUAAUAUCUUGACUUGCUGAUAGAAGAAUAUAUGCAAAACUUUCAGCAUAGCCAUUUUGAGGUUCACUAGGAUUAAAAGAAAUGUCAACUGAGGUCUAACUUCCUUUAUGAAACUAAAAUUUGAAAAUUGUCAUUAAAACAGCAAUAGUCAGAAUAAAUUGCAAUAUUAAGUUUAUCUGAGGAGGGUCAUUAUUCCUGUAAUAAACACAUGCACUAGUUCUACUUCACUUCUUUAUUUGUCAAUUGUUUAUCCUUUUAACUAAUUAAAUAAUCAUUUGUUUGAUUAAUCAUUCAGUCAAUCAGAUUUGUCAAAGUCCUUUUGUUGCCACUCGCAACCUCAUAUAUUACGUGCCGUCUCAAUUCCAGGUCUGCUUCAGGUUUAUUAUUUUAAACUAAUAUUUUCUGUUAAAAUUACUAAGUACAGUAGAAAAUUUUAGAAUUUUUUUAGGAAAUUGAAAUUUUGUAAGUUUUAGAGUUCCAGUAAAUUAUCAUGUUCCAAAAGUGCCCUUUUAUUUGUUUAUUAUUAUUAUUAGUAAUAAAAUAUAUUUAAAAAAACUUAAUUCUUCAUAUAUAAACAGAAGUCAUAUAUUAAGUAAUAUUUUGAUUCUAUAUAGAUGUGAACCCUAUAAAAUUGGCCGAUAUGGUGCUCAACUCCAACUUACAUUGCAGAGACAUGUUUAUACCUUGAAUUUUUUUGAAGUUGGUCAAUCAUUUGUUUACUUCUUAUGUCCUGUAUUUGUCCAUUUCUUUUAUACUAAUUAUUUGUUGCUUUUUUUAUGUCCUUGAUCAACUACUAGAAGUCAAAAAGCUUUGUUAUUUUGCAUAAUUCAACAAUUCAAAUAAAAUCUUCAUUAAACACUGUU